UUCCGUGUUUGUGUGAUCAGGCAGUGCACAGCCGGAGGAAGCUUCACUUGUGUCAUUCAUUUGUGAAGAGUAACGUAAAAACAAGUGACCAGCAAGACAGAAUGUCGCAUGAACUGAAACAUGUAUUCGCCAGUCUCCCACAGAUGGAGAGGGGAGUUGCGAAAGUGAUUGGCGGCGAUCCCAAAGGCAACAACUUCCUGUACACCAAUGGGAAGUGUGUCGUCAUCAGGAACAUUGAAAAUCCGGCUAUAGCAGACAUUUAUACCGAACAUGCCCAUACAGUUACUGUUGCCAAGUAUGCCCCCAGUGGAUUCUACAUUGCAUCCGGAGAUGCAUCAGGAAAGAUCCGUAUCUGGGACACCACCCAGAAAGAGCACAUCCUCAAGUACGAGUACACCCCUCUUUCAGGCAAAGUCAAGGACAUUGCGUGGACCGAGGACAGCAAGAGGAUGGCUGUUGUUGGGGACGGGCGAGAGAAGUUUGGAGCCGUGUUCCUGUGGGACACCGGCUCCUCAGUUGGGGACCUUUCCGGCCACUCCAAAUUGAUCAACAGCGUAGACGUAAAGCAGACGCGCCCGUACCGCAUUGCCACGGCCAGUGAUGACACCUGUGGGUCUUUCUACCAGGGGCCUCCCUUCAAGUUCCAGUUCACAUUGCGUGACCACAGCCAGUUCGUCAACUGUGUUCGUUACUCUCCAGAUGGAAAUCGGUUUGUUACAGCUGGUGCUGACGGCCAGAUGUUCCUCUACGAUGGGAAGGAUGGUACGCUUGUUUCCUCACUGGGUGGAGAGAAGGCCCACAAAGGAGGAAUCUAUGCUGUCAGCUGGAGCCCUGACAGCUCCCAACUGAUCUCUGCCUCAGGGGACAAGACCGUGAAACUCUGGGACGUUGGUGCAGGCACGGCCGUCACCACCUUCAACCUGGGCACCGACGUGACCGACCAGCAGCUGGGCUGCCUGUGGCAGAACGACCACCUCCUCACAAUCUCCCUGUCAGGAUUCAUCAACUACCUGGACAAGAGCAACCCUGACCGACCCAUACGCACGAUCAAGGGUCACACCAAAUCCAUCCAGUGUCUGACUGUUCACAAAAAGGACGGGCGACCCUACAUCUACUCGGGGAGUCACGAUGGACACAUCAAUUACUGGGAUGCAGAAACUGGUGAGAACGACUGCUUCUCGGGGAAGGGCCACACCAACCAGGUGAGCAAGAUGGUGACCGACCAAGCCAACGAGCUGGUGACGUGCAGCAUGGAUGAUACGCUGCGCUACACCAACCUAAGCAAGACGGAGUACAGUGCCUCUGAUGUGGUGAAGAUGGAUUUCCAGCCUAAAAGUGUGUCCGUAGCAUCAGGAGGGCUGUCACUGGCUGUGUGCAUUGGGCAGGUCGUCUUGCUGAAGGAUAAGAAGAAAGUGUUCACAUUGGACAAUCUCGACUAUGAAGCAGAGGUUGGAGCUAUCCAUCCCGGGGGCACCAUUGCUGCGGUGGGGGGUGCAGAUGGGGUGAUCCGUCUGUACUCCAUUCAGGGCCACACGCUGAAGGACGAGGGUCAAACUGUCAAGACUGGAGGGGCGGUCACAGACAUGGCCUACUCUAACGACGGAGCCUAUCUGGCUGUCAUUGACGACAAGAAAGUUGCCACAGCUUUUACUGUGGCUGACAGCUACUCGGUCAAAAAUGAGUUUUAUGGACACCACGCCAAGCCAGUGACUUUGGCCUGGUCACCUGACAAUGAGCACUUUGCGACUGGAGGGAUGGACAUGAAUGUGUACAUUUGGACAGUUGCUGAUCCUGACAAGAGGAUUAAGCUCUCAGAUACUCACCGGUUGCACCACGUCAGUGGCCUGGCCUGGGUAGAUGAGCACACUCUAGUCACCACCUCCCACGAUGCCACCAUUAAGCAGUGGACUGUUGCAUACUGAGCUGCAAGCAGACAAACAUCUCCAGGGACAAGGACUACUGUAGAAUUCCAUCUUUCCUUUUACUGUAUUUUCACUAUACAGUGUUCUAUGCUGUCUGUAAACAUCUGAAUUGUAAAUGGUUAUGUCUGGGGAAAGCUCCUAUCAAAAUGAUCCAAGACACGUGUCUUUGAUGUGAAUAACCUCAACUUAACACGGAGACAAUUUGUUGAAAUAUACGAUGUAACCAUGAGUGCUUUUACAUCUCUGAGCUGUGUGGACCCACAAUGAUAUUUGUAAGCUCAACAUUCCAUAUGUAACAGCUUUCACUCAGUUUGAACUGAAAUCCUUGUCUCAAUGCAUCUUCACUUAACGGAUGAACAAAAAACUCUUGUUUGAAAGGAAUGAAACCUUUUUGGUUGCAUUCCUGAAAUGAGAAGUAACUGAACAGCAGCUGCCUGACACUUGUUAUUUUCAAGGUGUAAGGGGAUGGGUGUUUUCCUUUUGCUUUGUCUAAGGUUUUAUACUUUGUAUGUAUCACAACUCUUCCUGUUGAACUGUGGAGCAAUAAUAGGAACUGAAAGAACAAAGUGGGUAUACAACCAAGAUGCUGCCAGUUCAGUUGAAGGUCCAGUGUUGUUGCUGUGCUUUUCUUUGGGCCCACUAUGCUUGUCUGCACUCGUUUUGUUUUCUUCUCAUGUCUUUAUGCAUUGGCUUCCAAGAUGGCGGUGAUUAAUUAAUAAUAAAAGAUUUUUAUGCAUUUUCGCUUUCA